AUGAGCGACUCGGACCACCGCGACUCGUCGCCCCCCAUGGACAGGGCCGCUGUCGGCGCCGCCAAGUCUGCUGCGCGAUUGCAGCUCAAGACGGGCUCCAGCAACCCAAACAUGAACGGCCCCUUGUACAUGCAGACUUCCGGCAGCAAUGUCGUCCUCGUCCGGAGACUCAAGCGCAAGGACGACGGCACCUGGAGGCACCUGGCGCGCUGGUUUGUGGAGAACCAAAUAGGCCUCUCCUUUAACCUCCUCGCUCUUCUAUUCCUAGCCCACGGCUUCAUCCCUAAAGCAAGGACACACACGCGCAAGUUCUUCCACCUCGCCUACUACAACCAAGAAACGGAAAAAUAUGGCAUCGGCUUCGACGACGCCUACUUCCUCACCUUUUGCAUCGUUCUCUUCACCGGCCUGCGCGCCGGCACCAUGGAAUACGUCUUGGCACCCUUCGCCAGACUCCAGGGCGUCGCCAAGCGUAAGAUCUUGACUCGCUUCAGCGAGCAGGCCUGGCUGCUGCUUUACUACAGCGUCUUUUGGACCCUCGGCAUGUACAUCUAUUGCACUUCGCCCUACUUCCUCAACAUGAGGGAGUUUUGGACCGACUGGCCCGACAGAGAGAUAAACGGCCUGACCAAGGGUUACAUCCUGGCGCAGUGGGCCUUUUGGCUGCAACAGAUCAUCGUCAUUAACAUCGAGGACCGGCGCAAGGACCACUGGCAAAUGUUUAGCCACCACAUUAUCACCACGGCCCUCAUCUCCUCAUGCUACUGCUACAGCUUCACCCGCAUCGGCAACUAUAUCCUCGUCAUCAUGGACGUUGUGGAUCUAUUCUUCCCCGUCGCCAAGUGUCUCAAGUACACCGGCUACAACACCCUUUGUGACGUCGCUUUUGGCGUCUUUAUGUUGUCGUGGUUCGUGGCCCGCCACGUCUUUUACGUGUUGGUGUGCUGGUCCGUGUACGCACAUGCGCCGAACAUCAUCUCGCUAGGGUGCUACAGUGGUCCGAAUUCCAACCUCGUCGGGCCCGAGGACGCUCCACCGGGCCUGUACUACCUCAUCGAACCGUUCCUCAGCCCGACCGGCCGCCUCAUCACCAUCAUCUGGUUCACCAUGAUUGUCCGCGUGGCCAUCAAGGUCAUUCGCGGAGACGGUGCCGAGGACACGCGGAGCGACGACGAGGGCGAGGAGGAGGAGGACGAGGAGGAGGAAGUGGACGACGAGUUUGUCUACGAGGAAGCACAGCCGCUCGAGGAGGAGGUUGGCGUCGAGGCGCUGGACCUCAAGGGCUGGGAGCGCCGGACCGGGGUUAAGCGUCAGGCCAACAGCUCGGGGGUGAGCCUGCCGGGGCACAGCGAUCGAAAGGAGUUGCUCGGGCGCAUCGGAUGCGAGAAGCAAGUCGAGUGA